AUUUUGGCAUCCAUCUUUCUUCCAGAAAUCAUCUGGUGUACAAAGUAGCAAUCACUUUUCGACUGUGACAUUCGGUCAUAGUGGUUUAUUGGUUUUUGGGAAUGGAAUGCAGCUCAAAGGAUAGGAUAACGAAUAGCAGAGGAAAAGGGGGAGAAGCUGGGGAGAGAACACGCUCCCGAAACCAUGUAUACCAAGAGUUCGUACCUUCUGCUGCUUGGACCGAGGAUUCUAAUAGCCAUUAUCUCCUUGUCGAUCUUCCUGAUUUUAAGAAGGAGGAAGUGAAGCUUCAAGUUGAUGCAUCAGGUCAGAUAACGGUGAGGGGAGAAAGGCUGGUGAACAACAACAAGUAUAUAUCUUUUGAGAAGACAUUUAAAGCGCCAGAAAACUCAGACAUGGACAACAUCACCGGAAAAUUUGACGGUGAGAUUCUCUAUGUAACUCUUCCAAAGAAAGUACAGAGGAAAGAAGCAACGAACGAAAUCAGGGAAAAUAUUGAAGGUGGCGUUGGGAAAGAUAAUGAACAAGAAAAGCCCUCCAGCGUCGGUGAAAGGGCAAGUGAAUUAGAAACCAAUGAAGAAGAAGAAGAAGAAGAGAGAAAAAAGAAGAAAGAGAGGAAGAAAGGUUCCAGGGUAGAUGAAUUUGGAACAGAAACAGUGAAGAAAUGGGGAGAAGAAGAUGAAGUUUCGGUGGUAGAAAAGGCAAUGGGGAUUCUCAUGAAGAAUAGGGAUAUUUUGCUGACUGCAGCGUUUGCAUUUUCUCUGGGGGUUUUAGUAUCUCGUAAAUUUGAUUCAGCUCGUUAUUGAGAAAAUUAAUUAUAGACUAUAGGCAUUUUAUAUAUUUACAUGUUAAUAAUUGGCAUAUUCUAUGUAUGUUUGCAAAUAUUUCAAUUUAACUAUAUGAUCAGUUCAUUAUUAUUUAAUUUUACUUUUUUUUUAUGAAUAAAUUAAGUUAGUAUGCAUGGCUGCUUUCAGCUUUUCUCUCGAUUCUGAGUCGAUGGAUCAAGCUGAAU